AUGGAAGACUGGGCCGAUUUCCAGCAGAGAGCCAGGGCAGUGCUACCCGCACAGGAGCUCAAACCAAAGCGCUGCUGGAUUGGUGUUCUGUCGCAUGAGAAGAAACCCACAGACCGACUCCGUGAAACCGACUUUUUGUGGAUGGUCGGUCACAGUAAAAUAACCACACAGAAGAUUUAUGAGACCUAUCAGAAACAUUUCAACGUUGAUGGCCUUGAGCUCAAGCACAAAGGUGUUUCAGUGCAACCAGGCGAUGUUGUGAAGUCUUUCCAAACCGCGGGCGACAAUCUUGUGUUGUUCCUAGCGAGUCGGCCUGAGAAGGGCCGAACACCUCCGGAGUCCUUUGCAAGCACAGAUUUGCUGUGCAAAGACUCGAAGGAGUUCCAAGCAGAUAUCCUACAUCAGUCAGAGGACAGUCCAGGUGCCCAUCUUGUCUCACGCACGAUGAGUAUUCCAUUCUUAGAUGGUCCUUCAGAAAUGAAAGUGUCCGCGCUUAAAUGCACUCCCAAUUCUGCGCCUGUGGAACAUGAAAUUCCUCCGAGAAGAGCUGUCCCUGAUCCACUCACUGUCAAAUCACCCGACACGUUUGCCCCCUGGACUCCAUUUGGAGACCAAGCAGAGGUCGCAAACCGUGCCCCUGUUCCGGCGCAGGUUCCUUAUCAAACCCCAUACACCAGUCCGUAUCCGUUUGGGAUGAACCAGAUACUCCCAGCUAAUCUCCCAAACGCUGGCCCCACUGGUUCCCUUGCUCCUCCCGGUCUAGCUUUAUUUGGGGCUCACGCGCAAUGUGAAAACUAUGGAAGUGCGACUAGCCAUGGUCAAACAAUGGUCAAAAGCGAACAACAGUUGCCACUGUUACACACAGAGUCAUCCAGCAUUCAUAGCGCAGAAGAUCAUUCGACGCCGUCAUUUAACUCCGAAGAGAUUUUCCAAAACCAGCCAUUGCUGGAAGGUCAGGAGGAAGUAACUACAAUGCCUCAACAGGAUAUCAGAGAAAUCAUCGACCAGCGAGAUCCUCUGAUACUAGAAGCAGGUGUGAGCAAGGCGGUCGAAGUCUUGAAGGAAUUGCGAGCAAGAUUCGCGCAGCAUGCGGCCACAAAUAAUGAGUCUGCGUCAUGGGUACAAGCCAUCGAUAAGUUGCUGCCACAGGCUCAGCGGCUACGUACAGUUGUUGGAGUAGUCGGCAAUACAGGGGCUGGUAAGAGCAGCGUUAUCAAUGCCCUGCUCGACGAGGAGCGACUUGUUCCAACUAAUUGCAUGCGAGCGUGUACCGCCGUCGUUACCGAGAUCUCAUGGAACGCCAGCACAGAUUCCUCUGAUAGGUAUCGUGCGGAAAUAGAAUUUAUUGGCCACGCAGACUGGGAGAAAGAGCUACACAUGUUGCUGAAAGAAUUCCUGACUGACAAUGGCACACUCCUCAAAGACGUAUCUGAUCCCAAUUCCGACGCGGGAAUCGCUUGGGCUAGAUUUCACUCUGUUUACCCUGACAUCCCGCGAGACUCUAUAGGUGACUGUACUGUGCCCAACCUGAUGGCUAAGCCUUCUAUUGCUACAAUUCUCGGGUCAACCAAGAGAAUUGCCGCUGCGGUGUCAGGCCGCUUUUACAAUAAGCUGCAGAAAUAUGUCGAUAGUAGGGAGAAGGUCACCAAAAAGAACAAAGACAAGGACAAGAAAACGGCGUUCCAGAUGGAGUAUUGGCCCUUGAUCAAAGUUGUCAAGAUCUACACGAAGAGCCCUGCAUUAUCAACAGGAGCUUGUAUUGUGGAUCUUCCAGGUGUUCACGAUUCAAAUGCUGCUCGAGCAGCUGUGGCCCAGGGUUAUAUGAAGCGCUGCACCGGCCUAUGGAUUGUCGCGCCUAUCAAUCGAGCAGUGGACGACAAGGCUGCCAAAACACUGCUGGGAAACUCCUUCAAGCGUCAGCUCAAAUAUGAUGGUGGCUUCUCGAGUAUCACUUUCAUCUGCUCCAAGACCGACGAUAUCUCCAUUACAGAAGCCAUCGAUAGCUUAGAGCUUGAGGAUGAGAUCGCGGAGUUUGAAAGAGAACAGGUCGAAUGUAAAAAUCAGAUCAAGAAGAUCGAAAAUGACAUUUCAAAACUAAGAGAUGAACAAGCCCAUUAUAAGCUUGUUCUGAACGACACGAUUGAGGAGAUUGAGGAAUGGGAGGACCUCCAGGAUUUAAUAGACGAUGGGAAGACAGUUUACUCCCCAUUGCUAGGAUCAAAGAAACGUAAGAGGCCAAGCUCUGGUAAACAAUCAAGAAAGAAGGUUACCCGCGAUGACGGCGACUCAGAAGACAACUUUGUCGCUACUGACGACGAAGAAACUGAGGACGACGAAGCACCCGUCGAUGAGUCACAACAAACACCGCUAUCGGAGGCAGACAUAAAGCUAAGACUGAAGGAGCUGAAGGAUGUAAAGAAAGAGGCCAGACGAGCAGCUUUUGAUAAAAAGCAUGAGAUGGACGCUUUGGAACCACAGAUACAGGAAUUGGCCAAGAAGAUCGAUGGAAUCAAAGCCAAGAUAAGUCGCAUCUGUAUCGCUGGACGUAAUCAGUACUCAAAGACUGCGAUUCAAAACGACUUUGCUGCUGGUAUCAAAGAGAUUGACCAAGAAAAUGCCGCAGAAGAAGACGAGGACAACUUCAACCCCGAGGAAGAGGUUAGAGACUAUGACCAGGUCGCGAAGUCACUACCCGUUUUCUGCGUUAGUAGCCGAGCGUACCAGAAGAUACAAGGUCGCUUGCUCAAGGACGAUAGUGUUCCAGGUUUUAUUACGGUCGAGGAGACUGAAAUACCACAGCUGCAGGCUCACUGCAAGAAGCUGACCGAGAGUGGGCGUAUUCAGACUGCGAGAACCUUUCUUCUCAACUUGUGCCAACUUUUGACUACCUUCCAUCUCUGGGCUUCUGACGAUGGCACUGGUCUGAAGAUGACAGAUGAGGACAAGGCAAAACAAGUUAGCUAUCUCAAAGGGCGACUCGAACAAUUAGAGACAGGCCUCGAGCAAGCAGUCCACGCUUGUAUCAACGAGAUGCGAGCAGAACUCAAGAAUCAAAUCUUCAACAAGUGUCCUGAGUUGAUCAACGAUGCUAUUCAGGCUGCACCUACUACAGCGUUAGCCUGGGGUCAGAAGGAUAUGGGCGGUUUGGCCUGGUCAACGUACAAAGCUGUGGUGAGGCGUGAUGGCGUUUAUCAAUCACCAAGCGCAGGUCUUCGAGAUUUCAACGCCGAUCUUAUAGAUCCUAUCAUCAAGAAGCUCGCCUCCGGCUGGGAACGCGCUUUCCAGAGCCGCCUACCCAAGGCCUUCAACACGUACGUAAAAAACUCUAGCAAGAUCUUACAAGCAUUCCAUACCGCUGUUGAAGAAAACGCGCGCAAGAACGGAGUUGGUCUUGCUAGCCUUACAAUGCUCAAGACUCAAAUCCACACCUAUGAGCAGCUCUACGCGGACCUCGGUACACAUCUCGUCACCCAAAUGAAUGAGCUACAGCGUGAAGCCAAUCGGGAGUUUACACCUAGCAUCGCCGGUAUCAUGCAUGCAGUUUAUGAGGCCUGUACCGUCGAACGCGGUCGCGGUAGCUACAAGCGCAUGAAGGAACAUAUGAUGAAUCAUGUCGAGCGGGAGCGCCAUCACAUGUUCCAUGAUGCUACCAAGACAGUUGAGAGGCAUCUUGACCAAAUGUGUAAGGCGCUCCAGGAGUCCAUGGAGGCCAAAGCCGACGAGAUCUUUGUCCAGAUGAACAGGGAUUAUAUGCAAGCGCUUGCCGGCCGUGAGAUCAACGGCUCGAUGAUGUUGCAAGGAAGGGAAGAGAGGGCGGCGAGAAAAGAGAGCAGGGAGCUGCUGAUGAAUGUCGAUGAGCAAUUUGCGAACAUUGUAAAUGGGCAUCUAGACAUGGGCGCUGGGGAAUAUGAGGAUAAAGCCUCCGUGAUUAUGGAUGACGAACAUGACAUCUCUGAGGACGCGCAGGAUGUGAGUGUCUACGAAGAUAACGAGGACAGCGUCAUGACUGGUGUGGAUGAUGCCCUGAUCACCGAAUUGAACCCCAGCAAGAGUACAGCGAGGCCAGGCAGCGAAUGUCCAAAUAUUGAGGUAGUACACCAGGAAGACGACACGGAGGAUGAUAACUGA